UGUUUCAUUGGUAGCUGUCAGAAGAAACGUCAAGGAGAAUUCUGUUUUGGUCUAUUUGUUUUGAUUUUAUCGAAUCUCUGUGGGUGAACUUUUCACGCAAACAAAGCCAGAAGCUAAGAGGAGAUCAAAGGCAACUCAUCCCAGAAGCAGAAGGCAAGAGAGUCCAGGAGGUCGCAGUAGCGCGUUAUGCUUCAACAAUGGCAGAAGAGGAGCAGCUGCAAGUGAAUUGCGACGAAGGGUACGAUUCAAGGAAUUCAACAUUGAGUAAGAAAAGUGAGAAAAUUGCCGAGGAAGCUGCCCAGGAGGCCCCCAGGCAGGAGGAUGAGGUGAAGGGGAGUUGCUCAGAGUGCGAGGAGAGACGUAGCGAUGAACCCGUAAAGUUGAGCUUUGAGAAAUUUCCGGAGAAUGCUGAGGAGAAGGAGAAACGAUCACAAAUUGAACGAGCCCUGGCUGAUGCCACAUCAACCGUAGAGACGUGGCGACAAUUUGCUCUAUCCGACUAUGGGUUGAUAAAUGAUGAUCUCCGGAAGAAGGUCUGGCCCCUCCUGGUGAACAUUGACCCCAACAGCGUUGAGCCAGCUCCCAAACUGGAUGAACUCAAAACCCAUCCGGAGUACAAUCAAGUAAUUCUCGAUGUGAACAGAUCACUCAAGAGAUUCCCACCGGGAAUCCCGUAUGAGCAACGUAUUGCCCUCCAGGAUCAGCUGACAGUGCUCAUCCUGCGUGUUAUCAUCAAAUAUCCGCAUUUAAAGUACUACCAAGGUUACCAUGAUGUCGCCAUAACUUUCCUCCUUGUUGUGGGGGAGGACGUUGCUUUCCACGUGAUGGAGAUUCUUUCUACAAAUCACCUUGUGGAAUGCAUGCAGGAAACAAUGGAACCCACACAGCAGCGCCUCCUCUUCAUCUAUCCCAUCGUUCGUGGGGAGAAUCGAGCUCUCUGUGAUUUCCUGGAGCGCUCAUGCGUGGGCACACUGUUCGCCCUGCCGUGGUACCUCACGUGGUUCGGGCACAGCCUCAAUCAGUACCGUGCUGUGGUGCGUCUGUAUGAUUACUUCCUCGCGAGUCCCUUCCUCCUGCCCAUCUACGUCACAGCGGCCAUUGUGCUGCAUCGCGAAGAUGAGAUUUUCCGCGAGGACUGCGACAUGGCCAGCAUUCACUGCCUCCUGUCGCAGCUGCCGGAUGAUCUGCCCUUUGAGUACCUUCUGCGUCAUGCGCAGCAGCUCUAUGUGCGCUACCCACCGUCUGUUGUGGAGGAAGAGGUUCGUUUGAUGCAGGAACGUGAGAAGAUUCGACGAGCGGAAGAGGAGGAGCGCAUGAGGCGUCGCAGGGCGGCGUUGCAGAAGAAGCGCGAUCGUGCCAUCUCAAUUGGCUUCCUCAAUCGUCUCCUGCCGCAUACCAUCGUCAAUAGGCGCAUUGUCAUUGUCACAACAGCCUUCUCCAUCCUUGUGGGGAUCUGCGCGUACUACUACAAAGCUCAGCUACCGCAGCACUUCCGGCUGCCAUGAGAGGCCACAGAAAUUUCCACAAAAAAGAAACACUGAGAAGGUCUCUUGUAAGUAUUUCAUCUCAAUUUAUAUUUUAUUUUUCCUAAAAACCAAACCAAUGAGGACUUUGAGGAGCCCUGCAUGGAGAGGAUAUCCUGGGCAGAGACAGAAAGAGAAAGAGAAAGAGAGAGAGAGAGAGAGAGGGAGCAAAAAAGGGAUACAAAGUGUGAUGCUUUUUAUUUAAACAAAAAAAUAAAGGAUAUUAAAGUAUUUUUACACAGAAAAAAAAUGGGAUCGUGUCACAUUUCAUUUAAUAAAAUCUCUCCCAAAUCAGACAUUUUCAUUUUUGAGGGGAUUUUAUGUUGAUAAAAAUAAAGAAAAAUAAAAGAAAAACAGUUCAGAAUGUCCUCAAGAAAAAAUAAAUAAAUCUUCAGUAGAUAUUUAAGCCGAAUUGUGGCAUAGAAAUCAUUGAGAUUUCUCAUUAGAAUUAAAAUUAAGGAAAUAAAAUAAAUGAAAUAAUGUAUUUGUUGAAGAGUUCUUAUUUUAUUGGGUGAUCGAAUGUAAUAUUAUAGGUUUAAUAAUGUGAAGAUAAAAUUAGUUUUUGUUGUGAAUAUUAUUGCAUUAUUUAAUGUCCAAGAUAAGGAGAAAUUCACUUUGCAAUAGAUGAUAAAAUAAUAAAAUUUAUUUGAGGAAAAAAA